GUGUCUCUAUUUAUGUUCGAAGAACGUGAACUCGUACAUAAUUUAUAUAUCAAAAAUUUCUGAAAGAUUUUUUAUAUGUAUAUAAUCUCCGAUAAAAUAAUGUUACAUUGCACAAAUAUGAAAACAAUCUUAAAUCUUUUCAUUUUUCAAACAUCCUCUCCUACUCUAGUAUAAAGAAAAAUAAUCUCUAGCGAAAGCGAAAUCAAUGUGCAUGCAAAUGUCACAUUUCGAUAGUAUGAAUGUUAAUAAUCGCGAAUUUUCUAUAUAAAAAAAAAUAUAACAAUAUGUUGAAUAUCAAUUUUUCAUCGCGUGUAAUAACAAAAUAUUCGUACUUUCUCACAAUAUUCAGAAGUAAUGGAAAAACGCGUGAGGUAACCUUUUGGAAUCGUACGUAUCAUGUUCGAAAAAGAAAAUUCCAUUCAAUUCGAACCAAUGGUCCAUGGAAUGUAUUAUUUUUUGGAACGGAUAACUUUGCUCUCGAAAGCUUACAAAGUUUGUAUAAUGAAUACAGAACAAAAAAAUUAGGCCGAUUAGAAGUUGUAUCAGCAUAUAAAGGGAAAAAGAAUAUUGUUAUACAAUAUGCUGAGGAAAAAGGAAUCAAUGUUAAACGAUGGCCUCUUGAAAAUGAUCCACAAGAUUUUCAUAUCGGGAUAGUUGUCUCCUUUGGUCAUUUAAUACCAUUAAAUAUUAUAAAUUCUUUUCCACUUGGUAUGUUAAAUGUUCAUGCUAGUCUAUUACCACGCUGGAGAGGAGCAGCUCCAAUAAUUUAUUCCCUAAUUAAUGGAGACACACAGACAGGAAUUACAAUCAUGAAAAUAAUGCCAGAAAAAUUUGAUAUUGGUGAAAUAGUAGCACAAGAAAAAUUAGAUAUUCAUCCAGAUGAAACUCUACCAGAAUUAUAUGUCAAGUUAGCAAAAAUGGGUGCAAAUAUGUUAGUUGAUGUAAUAAGAAAAUUGCCACAAAUAUUAUCAUUCUCGAGACCUCAGGAAAAAAUAGGCAUAACAUAUGCACCUAAAAUUACAUCAAAGAUUUCUUUGGUGAAGUGGAAUGAGAUGACUGCAAAAAAUGUAUAUGAUCUGCAUCGCGGUCUUUUAGGACUGUACCCAUUAACUACAAAGUAUUGUGAUAAGACAGUAAAAUUAUUCGAUGUUCAGCAGACGUCGAAACCGAUUAGCGGAAUAAAUGCGGAGAAUGAUGUACCAGGUUUAGUGAGAUUUGAUCGAAAAAAUAAUGCAUUAAUUGUAGCAUGUAAAGGACCGAGUUGGAUUUCAGUAAAAAAAGUAAUAAUGACAGGUCAUUCACCUAUGACUGCAAUGGACUUUAGAAAUGGAUUUAUGCAGGGCAAAAUGAAAGAAAAGAUAUUUUUUCAGAGUAAUGUAAUAUAAUUUACAGCGCUACUUUUUUGUCUCAGAUUGUAAGAUUCUUUUGUAACUCUAUGAUAAUUUCAUUGAGAAACAGAUAAUGAUAUUAGGGUUUUAUUUACUACAAUAGCAAGAUUUAUGUAUUUUAGAAUGUACAAAAUGUAAUAUUGACGCAUUGAUUUUAUGAGAAUAAAAAGUUGUUUGUUUAUAUAUCAAUAUUUUCUUAAAUAUAUCUGCUCUUGUUUAUUUUAGAUUUUAUAUUUUUGCAUUAAAACAAUAUCAUACUUUUCUGUCUCAUGCGAAAAUAUUCUUUUGUAUAUUCCUUUUAUGUUUUGCUACAAAUUUAUUUAAUAUCUCUUCUCGCAGAAUCACUAUAGUAUAAAACUACAAAGCAUUACGAAAAAAUCGAUUAAAGAAGUAAUAAGAAGUAAUAAGUAGCGCAAACUAAACUAAGA